GGCGCGCCCCCUGCGACUGGCAAUAAGUUCCGGCGGCCAGAGGGCGACCGCAGCGCAUUCCACGGUGAGGCCAGAGGGGCUCCGUCUGGGAAGAAGAUGGCAGACGAUCAAAACUCUGUCGAUCAAAACUCUGUCAGGGACCAGGGAGCUGGGGAGUCAGCAAGCGAAGAUGCAAUUGAUGCUAAGCCAGAUCGGUCCACCGUUAGGUCCUUAAUCCAGAGUAUGAAGAAGAAAAAUGACUCUGGGAAAUCCAACAAGACCACCCAGGAGCAAGAGCCUACAUAUCAGUAUAGCAUGAAUUUUGAGAAGGUGGGCAAAUGCAUCAUAAUCAACAACAAGAACUUCGACAAAUCGAUAGAAAUGUCCGUCCGGACCGGAACGGACAGAGAUGCCGGGUCCCUUUUCAAGACCUUCGGAGACCUGGGUUUCGACGUGGAGGUGUAUAACAACUACUCUUGUGACCAGAUGUAUGCUGUGCUGAAAAAAGCCUCUGAGGAGGACCACAGUAAUGCAGCCUGCUUUGCCUGCGUCUUGUUGAGCCAUGGAGAAGAAAACUCGAUUUACGGAACGGAUGGCAAGAUGGACAUCAAGGCCUUGACGAGCCUUUUUCGGGGGGACAGAUGCAGAACCCUUUUAGGGAAACCCAAGCUCUUCUUCAUCCAGGCAUGCCGCGGGACAGAGCUCGAUGACGGGAUCCAGGCCGACUCAGGGCCUAUCGGUGACACAGAUGCCAGCCCUCGACAGAAGAUCCCCGUCGAGGCCGACUUUCUCUUUGCCUAUUCCACAGUGCCAGGCUAUUACUCGUGGAGGAGCCCAGGAUGCGGCUCCUGGUUUGUGCAGGCCCUCUGCGCCACCCUGAAUGAGCACGGGAAAAGCCUGGACCUCUUGCAGAUCCUCACCAGGGUGAACUACCAGGUGGCCAGGAACUUCGAGUCUCGGUCCAACGACCCGCAAUUCCACGAGAAGAAGCAGAUCCCGUGUGUGGUCUCCAUGCUCACCAAGGACCUCUACUUCCCUAAGUAGCUUUGCCCACAGGUGCCGUGUAGCUGGAAAGCAAUGGAUCCUUUAUUGA